ACGGAGAGAGAUAGAGAGCGGUAAAGAGUCGGAAAGGGAGCGCAUCUGAGGAUUAAAGGACUGCCAGGCAUGGGGGAGCCACACCAGGAACCGUGGAGGGGAGAAGCCUGUGGACCAAAGAGGAGGACGAGCAAAGGACUUCGGCAACACUAUGACAACGACCAGAUGCUGAAGAGGGAUAAACUGUUUCGACAGUAUGGAUAUAGACCUUUAUGCAACAUCAUUAGUAAAGGGUAUUAUGUGGGCGAGGUGCUAAGAUUAAAUAUAGAGGCGGAGGAAAGGUAUAGAGAAACACAUCAUAUCAAAGACAGCAUGACAGAGGUGGAAAGGCAGGAGGUGUGUGAAGAAGUGCGACAACUAACAGAGGAUAACAAUGAAAGAGUGAUCGGAGGACAAAGUCACUCAACCAGAUUUGAAGAAGAGGGAAAGAGUGUGUUGGAAGGACUAAGAUCCACAGGAGUGUGGAAGGGAUUUCUCAGGACAUGGUGUCACUUUCUGCCUGGCAGGCUGCAGGUCAGAGGUGAAGAGGGAAACCUGAGGCAGAUAGAAGAGAUACGCUCACACAUAGAGAACUGCAGGGAGAGGGAGAGAGAGACAGAGAAAGAGAGAGAGAGAAAGAGAGAAACUUUGUUGCAGCAGAAUGAAUAAAAAAUGUCCAGACAAUAAAUUACCACUGGCCAAAAUCUGAACAAAAAACAACAACUUUGACACAAAUGUCCAAUCAAAGAAGUUAGACUUGGUGAAAAGGUCUUUAGUGGAAGAACUUUGAGAGUUUAUUGAAUAUUGAAUUCCUGUCUAGUGUCUCCACACAAACUCUUUCAAUCUGCCCGCCCUCCCCAACACUCAAUUCAAUUUGGCUAAAUUAAAGCUGGAACACUCUGGAUUUCUGCUGGAUAUAAUCUUGCAGAGGUUGGCUGAUGUCAUCGAGUGCCUCUAUCCGAUUCAGCUCCUCCGGGGGCUGAGCCAACCUGCAGAGCAUGGGCAGGAGGGUGGCUGACCCAACCAAUCCAGUGCCUGCGCUGGGAGUUCCUCUUGCAGUGGGGCGAUGGGGGCCACUGUGCAGCGUCGGGGUGCAGACAUCUCCCAGACUGCGGACUCUCCCCUCCGUCAAACAGCACGGCAGUCAACCAACCACCACACAUCAGGCAGUCGCCAUGGCAACAGACAAAGCAACGGCAGCAGAAACCGGAGGGGCUAUCAAGAGUGACAGCAACAGUCUGCCAGAGUCCAAAGAGACGUCUCAAAACGAGAUCAACAGACUGACACAGGACGACAUGGGCUCGCAGGGGUCGGGGAGCGGAGUUUACUGCCAAAUCAGAACUAUACAGACAAACCCCAGAGAAACGGCAAGCAAAAGGACAGCCCGGUAUACAAAUGGCAGCGUGGUAGCCUCUGAUGUGAUGGGAGGGGUUUGCAAGGAGGCCACAGAAGGUAAGGAGCCAACCCAAGAGAGGAGAAGGGUGCAGUCUCUGAGAGGGGAAGGUCAUCGCUCAGUGUUGAAGACCGGGAGUGUUUGUACAACUUUACAUGCCACGCCACCUCGACCCUGCCGAGUGGUGACCGGUUCCCCUCAUCGCCUUUGUGAGACAUGUGGAAGGAGACGGUCGCAGAUUACACCCUGCACAGGUGCAUGUCGCAGGAGGGCGGUCAAUCUAGUAUCAGCCAGCCAGACUUUACCUAAUCCGCCACAGAAAACAUGCGCGGCUCCGACUCAAUCAAGAAAAACCUCUGCUGCUCUGAACCUUCAGCCUUGCACCAACACAAACGUAGCUAACUCACAGCAGCACAUAUCAGUGAAGACUGCUCCGAUAGCGCAGCUGUCACACACCAUACCAAAAACACACAGUUCACAGUCUAACCACACGGCGCUCACGCAGAGCAAAACAAAAGAUUCAAAGCAGAAGACAAGGCCACGUUCGGCCGACUUUACUUUCUACAAGGACUCAGCCACACAAACUACAGACAGCCACACAUACAACAACACAGAGAGGGGCGUAGCUACACCUACACAUCAUGUAUCCACCACAGGGGGGGUCAAGCCCGAUUCCACGGACAAACAAAGUCAUGAUCUAACCCAAACCCAGAACGCAGAUGAACAUGGCCAUCAUUUCACAUCAGUCAGCAUUGUCUCUAAGCCUCAACCUUCUUUCAACACAGACAGUAAAUCUAGCAGCCCCAAACCUUUUCCACCAAAAAGCUCUCUAAAGAACUCCAGUUCCAAACCAGCAACACCUGUAGCGCAAACCAAAAACCGAGAGAACACAAGUUCAUUCAAGCAAUCAUCAGAACGGAUCAAAUUCAAGGACUACCCAAAGCAGAAGAGCAAAUCGUUUGAUGACCACACUCUGCCUUGCAAGACUCAUAUGAAAGCACAAUGCAAUGGGGCCCCAGGAGGACUGUUGGGUGGACAAACGGUGAGGGUGCCACGUGGGCUGCAGAGCCAACUACAGAGUGUGGAGGAGAACCUACUGUCCAAUCAGGAGAAGAUCAAGGUGCUUCUCAAUGUAAUUCAAGACCUGGAGAAGAGCAAGGCCUUCAGCGACGGGUAAGAGAAGGGACUCGGGGAGGGAAGAACUAAAAGAGAGAGCAGGUACGAAGAAGCCGCAGCUCAUACAGAACAGGCCAGGACAUAAACAACUGUCCCACCUGCCAGAGGACAGCCUGCAUCAUCUACAGUGUGGAACAUGAUUUUCGACAGCAGGAGGGACGCUUCCAGGGGGUUAUCGAAGCCCUCGAGGUGGAAUAUGAUGUGCCUGCUUCCACUCUAACCAAACCCAUGCCGGCCCCUUCUUCCUCCAGUCGCCCCAGCACCAAGGCACGAGUCAAGAAACUGCGCAAGAAGUGUUUCUGGUGGCUCUAAUCUUUACAAAACCCACAACCGCCUCUCUGGGCUGCGUAUGAACACAAAUGUGGAUUAUAUUUCACAGGAGCUAAUAUAUUCCGCUUGAGGGGAAGGCACCUUUCUCAAAUGGGUCUGCAUAGGUUUUUAGCAAAAAUGGAAGGAUUUCUUUUUUCCCAAGUAUAAAGCUUUGAAGGACACUUCUUCACUGACAGAAUACAUCUUCAUUUUAUGGAGAAAAAAAGGAAACGCACAAAGGAAAGAAUGCAGGACCAAAAGAAGGAUUCAGAAGAACAUCAUUUCUUUUGCUGCGGGAGCUAUACUUUUGGGUUAAUUUGUUACUUAAUAUCUGAAAGUAAAGACACUAUUUUCUAGACCAGUUGUGAAGCUGACAAAAUAAGCAGCAUUGCUACUUUGGAAGGCGGCCACAUGUAUUGUCCAUAAAUCUGAGGAGUGACUGUGAAGACCAACGGACAGAAGCAUGUGCUGGCUCUUCAAAAUAAUUGUGGCUACAGCAAUAAGCAGGGAACAGGUGAGGACUUGGAAAAACCAAGGCAUUUUGGAUACAGUAAACAAAGCAAAUAUGAAUGUAGCAACAUCUUUAAACUCUUAAAAGAAGAAAAUAAGCUGAUGACCUCGCUGACAACACAUAGAUGGCUCAUCGGCAUUUUGGAGAGCCAGACAUUGUAGAGAUUUUACAAAAAAUCUUAAGAGACAAUGUGAGUGGCAGCUUAUCAAGAAGAGACAGUUUCUGACAGAUGAUCAAAUAUUCUGUUAACAUUGGCUGACAGAGUGAUUGAUUUUCUCCUUUGUUUGCAUAGCAAUUGUAAAUGUUCUAUUUCAAGGAUUUUCAUUCACACCUGCAUAGAAAUACAUGCACAAACAGACUUGCAGGCACUAAUCUACAUUUACAGUAAACCCACUGAAGCUCAAUAAACCAAGAGAUCAGUUUAGGGUAGGUCACCUAUCACUCCACUGGCCUGAAUUAAUACAAAAUCUAGCAACUGUUGUACAAUCUAAGCCAAAAUGAUAUUAAUGAAUUCUGUAUGAUUAACAGUAGCAUGUCGUGUGUGGAUAUUUAAGAAUUGUUCAAUUUAAUCUCAGGGUGGUUAGAUUAAUUCUGAAAUCUAAGACGUAAUCAAACAGCAAAUUGCGGGUAAAUAAAACUGAAAAAAUGUCCCAUGGCUUUGUCAUUCACAACAAACGGUAGUCUGCUUGUUCACAGUGACAAAGUAUGAAUUUGUUCUUUAGCAUUAAGGCCUGCCUGUCGUUCCGAACAAGAACCAAUGUCUAACUGUAACACCUAUUAAAGACAAAUCUAUCAAAAAUUAUAACUGGAGGAAGACAACCUAAAACGUACACAAUUCUGUACGGGUCCAUCCCAUUGACAGACGUACACAAACCGAAUGUUUUCAGACUCACUGAAGUAACACUUGCACAGUGUUCACAAUGCUUUUGACACUGCGGCUUAGAAAUAAACCACUGAUGUCAUGUGGGUCCUCUACAGCAACCUCUGGCUGACAUAUUGUCCCUAAUUAUGACCCCAUAUGACACCACGCUUACUGAUUCCCCAAUCUAUGUCCAAAUUGCAAUGUCAUAGCAUUUUUAUAAGGUCUCCCUUUCCCGUCAUUCUCCUCUAGGUCUUCCACUUGUAUGUGCAAUAAAAUGUAUAUUUCAAACUAGACACUGUUAUCAGCAUACUUUGUGAGUCAAAAUGACAUUAAAUCGAGGACAAAAGGAGAUACAGACAAUAUUGAUUUGU